ACGACGACGGCGACGACGACGACAACGACGAAGACGGAGACGAAGACGGCGACGACGACGACGUAUCGUCGCCGUGCGACAGCAUAGCAAGAGCAGGAGCAAGCCGACGAGACCGGGCGCCGCGCCGCUCCGCGCCGCGCGCUCUCGCACGUUGCCGUGCCGCGCUUUACUAUAUCGCGCCACACGCGCGUCGUGAUCCGCGUACGCGCGCGUGAAACAUACACGCGCACGAUAUUACAUAUUUAUAUGCAUACACGGUGACCCGCGCGCGGAGAUAAUACAGUGUAAAUGGCGCUCUCGGCGCAGAACCAGUCGACGUCGUACGUGAACUUGUAUUACUCGAUCGUCCAACGUGCGGCGACCCGCUACUUUAAGGAAUAUUACAACUCCGAUACUGGCGCGCCCUACGUAUUGUACAAAGAUAACAUGGAGAGACCCCAGGGUCAGUGGGGCCCGGGGCCGGGAUCUCUCCAGGACGGUGGACUGUACCCGCAGCAGCAGCAACAACAGCAGCAGCAGCAACAGGGUUCCUCCUCGUCGGGAAGCCCACAGCAGGCCUGUGGACCUCCGGUCGAGGGCGGCGAAAGUGGUCCUCCGCCCUCGUUAGCCUCGCCCGUGCCCUCACCAUAUCCUUCGGCGCCUCCCGAACCUCAAUCCUUGACUCCGCCGGACGACGAUAUACAGUCGAGUCAAGCCACGUCUCAGCAGCAGCAACAACAGCAGCAGCAACAAACGCAGCAGCAGGUCCAGCAGCAGCAGCAGCAGCAGCAGCAACAGCAGCAGCAGCAGCAGCAGCAGCAGCAGCAGCAAGUUCAACAGCCACCUCAGCAGCAGCAACAACAAACGCAACAGCAAGAUCAUUCGCCGCAACAACAAUUGACUCCUCACGCAGAGGUGGAUCGCAGUGACUGCUUCCCCGGCGCUGGAGAGCUGCAGCAAUAUCCGCAGCAUUAUUUUAAAGAAGCCCGGCCGCACCCCUCACCGUCCGUGCCACCGCAUAUGCUUACGCCCGGCGGCUUCUCCGCGCUACACUAUCUCAAGCAACCCGGAGUAAUGCUGACGUCCCUCGGCCAAGGCGACGGCGGGCCUGGUCUGGACGCGCAUCAGUACGCGAGUCCGGGCGCGCCGAACAUGGCGACCGGGCUGCCUGACAUCGUGCAGCAGAGCGGUAAAUCGUCCAAGGCCGGUAACAGCGAUCUACGUCUGUUCAAGUGCUUGACCUGCGGGAAAGAUUUUAAGCAGAAAUCGACUCUGCUGCAGCACGAGCGGAUCCACACAGACAGCCGGCCGUACGGAUGUCCGGAGUGCGGCAAGCGGUUCCGUCAGCAAUCCCAUCUCACGCAGCAUCUGCGCAUACAUGCUAACGAGAAGCCGUACGCUUGCGUGUACUGCGAGCGUACGUUCCGGCAGCGUGCCAUCCUCAACCAGCAUCUGCGCAUCCACUCGGGUGAGAAGCCAUACCAAUGUCCGGAGUGCGGAAAACACUUCCGUCAGAAGGCGAUCCUGAAUCAGCACGUCCGCACACACCAAGACGUGAGUCCACACCUCAUCUUCAAGAACGGAAUGACGCCGACUCUCUGGCCGCAGGACGUUCCCUUUCCGCCUGAAGAGGGUAAGGAGGAAGUGGCAUCGACGUUCGGCGACACGGACACGCAGUCGGGCGCGUUCAGUCCGGCGCCGGACGCCAAUUCCAUCCAGUACCCAGCGUACUUCAAAGAUCCAAAGGGCGGUAAUCACGCGGUCUUUGGCGCAGGUGGCUCGGGCAGCUUUGGCGCCUUGCAGUACAUCAAGCAGGGUGGCACGAAGAGCUGUCUACCGGACGUGAUACAGCACGGCCGCUCGGCCGGCAUGCCGUUGUACGUGCGUUGUCCGAUUUGUCAAAAAGAGUUCAAGCAAAAGUCCACGUUACUGCAACACGGGUGCAUACACAUCGAGUCGCGGCCGUAUCCUUGUCCGGAAUGCGGCAAGCGAUUCCGGCAGCAAUCCCAUCUCACGCAGCAUCUGCGCAUUCACACGAACGAGAAGCCGUACGGCUGUGUGUAUUGCGGACGUAAUUUCCGCCAGCGCACGAUUCUCAAUCAGCAUCUGCGUAUCCAUACCGGUGAGAAACCUUACAAGUGCCAGCAGUGCGGCAAGGACUUCCGUCAAAAAGCGAUCCUGGACCAGCAUACGCGCACUCACCAGGGCGAUCGGCCGUUCUGUUGUCCGAUGCCCAACUGCAGGCGGCGGUUCGCUACCGAGCCCGAGGUGAAGAAACACAUCGACAACCACAUGAAUCCGCACGCGGCCAAAGUGCGCCGGAAUUCGAACGGCGACACGAAACCGCCUGGCACACCCGCGGGCCUGGGUCCGGUACCUGUGCCUCGCGGCCUCACGCCGACGGUCGUCAAACCGGAGCUUUACUUCCCGCAGUGUUACGCGCCCGCGUUCAAUCAUCAGCCACCAGUCUCCACCGCGCAGUUCCCCGGCGCCCAGGCGAACGGCGUCUCCGUGACCGGCGAAUUCAAGCCACCGACCGGUCUGCCGCCGCAGUGACUAACCGUCCAUCCUGCCGCCUACUAGCAAGCAGGAAUCCCCGCGCUGAGGUUUCAGCGCUGUUUCGGUCCCGCCGCGUUGGAGGCCGACGCAACGUCGAACGCCAUCGCCGCCGCCGCCGCCGCCGCCUCUCGAUGCGGCCAGCAGCCGAUCCAGCAACAUUACCCGUGACAUUUAUCAUUGUGCAUUUACUAGAGUCUUCUUUAUUUUCGUCGUUUCACAACUCGCUCGCUCUUCUUGUCGCCAUCGCUGCUCAGCAAAACCUCAGAAGCACGUCGCCCAGCUAGUCUUGAGCUCGACGGUGAGAACGGUUUCGUCGUUGCAGACCGCAUUACCGCGAUUAUCCGAGAAACAUUGCGAAAAUGUGUAUUAUCCGGUCGCUACGUCUCUGGUUGAUUGUCGGAUAAAAUUAUCUCCGAGAGAAAACCGCUUUUCCGUCUGAAUCGUAGCGCACCGGCUAUGAUAUAAACAGAGAGAGAGAGAGAGAGAGAGAGAGAGAGAGAGAGAGAGAAAUUUCGGGGAUACAAAUUUGGAUACUUGUUUUUGAAACGUCUUGGAUUUUUGCGUUGUUUGAAAAGCAAGGAAGAUACGCGGAUACUGGGUCACUCCCCUGUGUGUCACCCAUUCAUCGAAUAUACACCGUUACAUAUAUCGCGAAAAGACGACAAUCCUAGUUAGGAUUAUCGCUAUCGUUACACGGUCGCAACCGAGUAACAAACGAUAAUGCGAUUAUAGUUGCUCAGGUAUCAAACGGUGUCUCGCGACACUCAUAGUAAGUUCGUGAUAUACAUUUUCUUCUUUAUGUACAUGAUCGCGAUCAAAUGUUUGUUACUUCCUCGCGAUCGUUCGUUAUUUUCGACUUUUCAGCAGCACACUUCAGAUUAGAUCGACCCCCCCUUUAGGGAUCCCAAGAUUAAUGCUUCGUUAUCGUUGGCGCACACACCGAUGACAGUCUCUAGUUAAUCCGCCAGCACACGCAAAUACCGCUUCUCGCUGCGAUCCGCAUCUCCAAGUCGUCGAAUUCGCACGAAGGACAAACCACGUAAGGGGGACAACGGAAAAGCUCGGAAAAGCGGCCGCCGCUCACCGUCGAGUUUCUUACUAGACAGACCAAGGUAAAGUAAUCAACGAAGAGUCUCGUCUAUUCCUCCGUACGUAUUUUUUUAUAAUUAAUCGAUUACGACGUACCUUCUCGCGUUUCUUUCGUGGACAAGCGAGUAGCACGAGAGUUCGGGGCUUACUCCGCGAUAGACAUAGGUGAAUUCAGAGAGAUUGACAAGAGAGUUCCCGCGAAAUCCCUCUGAAUCCAUCUAUCUUCUUCUCGCGAGAUGGUGCAUGCGCCGCCCGGGGCGUCACCGCUCACCGUUCAAAAUGCCACGUAUCGCCAAACGGGUUGAAGAUGUUCGAUUUCGACCAGACUAAAACGAUUGUGAUACAAUAUUUAACUUGCCUAUGUUUUAAAAGUUUCGCGGGAGAGAAAGAGAACGAAAGGAAGAAUGAGUGAGCGAGUGAGUGACAACGAUAUAUAUAUAUAUAUAUAUAGAGAGAGAGAGAGAGAGAGAUUUUGCUUCUUCGAGGGAGCGCUUACAUGACCACGAGAAGAAUACCUGUAAAUAUGUAUGUAAAGCCGUUCACUUCAAACAAAAGAAGAAGAACGAGAAGGAACGACGGAGAAAAGUGAAGUAUGUGAGCGUGUGCGAAUGAGACUGGGUGUGAAUGAGACGAAAAAAAAAAAAA